AUGACUGCUGUGCACCGCCAAACGCCCCAUACGUGGUGUACACGGACGAUCGCGGACAGUUACUGGACACCCUCCCGGUGUGCCAAGAUUUUAAUCGACAAGGAUGUACCAGACCUACCUGCAGAUUCGUUCAUAUUCGCGAAGGGUGCGGGCUGCAGGUGGUUGGGUGCCGAGUGGUGGUGUGCCGUGACGCCGCCGCGGGCACUUGCCGCCGUGCCGCCUGUCGCUACUACCACAUCCCCGUUCAAUUGCCGCCAGCUCUGCGCCCCCCUUAACCUGAUCUCUGACCCGUUCACCGCCGUAACCCCCCCCCCCCUCGCUUCACCCUGCGCCCUCAUCCCUCCGAACCUCACACACCUCGUCGCGGCCCCUCCCCCGAACCUCUCUCCAGCCCCGCUCCACAGAUCGCCCCGCGGUGUCCAUAUCGACCGCGGCCCCGACACACUAGGGAAGGCAACUCCCGCCAGUCCCGCUGCAGAGGCGAUGCCAGAG